GGGCGCCCAGGGAAGGCAGCUAGCCUGAGCCCUGGCUGCGGAAGGACCCGGGCUGCAAGCUCGGCGGCGGCAGCGGCGGCGACGGCGGCGGCGGGAGCAGAGGAGAGGCCUGCACCGGGCCCGAGCUGCAGGUGCAGCAGGCUGUUUCCAGCGCUGGCAGGCUCAAAGACCGCGAUGUGACAGAAGAGGGCCAGGCUUCCCUGCCCCCCCUGUGAUACGCCCUCUGCCUGUGAGGAGCUCUCAGUUUCAGAAAUGAGCUAGAAACGUCACUUGUGUAUGAAGCCCAUGUCGCCAAUCGUAAGAUAAGGUAGAGGCUUGGGUCACAGUGAGGACCUCUGCCCUCUGCUUCAAAGCAGAGGCUUUGAGACGUGUGAGUAAUGGCUGGGCCCCCAGACCACCUGCAGGCCUGACCCCAGACUCGCCUCCUGUCCUGCGUUCCGGUGAGCUGCAGGUCCCUGGAGGGCCAGGACAUGCCCCAGAUGCAUUGAGGCUGAAUCACCCAGGCUGGCAAUGUCCCUGGGAGGCCAGGCCGCAGUCAACGCCCAACCAAAAAAGGAAGGGUGGGUGGCCGCUGUGCUCCAGGAGCUGGGGCCUCCUGGGAUCCUGGGAACCCCAUCUUUGAGCCCCGCCCACAGCCCCACCCCUCCCCAGGAGGGAAAAGGCAGCUGCCAGUCGCUCAGCUCACAGGCACUGGGACCCGGCCCAGAGAACAAGAGGACAGCUUGCUGCCGUCACCACUUCAGGCCAAGCCAUGGACCCCCCUGAGAUGCUCAUCAAGGACCCGUAUGCCCAUGUCAGCAUCCCGAGGGCUCACCUGCGGCCCGAGCUGGGGCAGCAGCUGGAGGCGGCUCCAUCCUCCUCGGAGUCGCAGCCUCUGCCCGUGGGGUCCUGCACCCUGGAGCCUACCGAGGAGGCCCCGGGGCCCAAGGGCGCCGAGGGGGCUGCCUCCAUCCAGGGCCAGCAGGCCUGGCAGCAGCCCUGCACCCCCAAUGGCAGCGGGCAGCAGCAGGCAGGACUGCCCUACGCUGGCCUGCCGCCGGUGGGGCGCGGCGACGACAUCGCCCAUCACUGCUGGUGCUGCCCCUGCUGCCCCUGCUGCCACUGCCCCCGCUUCUGCCGCUGCCACAGCUGCUGCUGUGUCAUUUCCUAGCCUGGCCCCUGGGCCGCAGGGCCUGCUGCGGGACGCCCCCCCAUGGCAAGCCCGGGCCUCUGCUCAGGCGGCCACAGCAGUGCCCGGACAGUUGGAACAGCCACUGGCCUGUUGUCAUGGGUGUUGGCCGCUCCCCACCCUGGACAGCGGCACCUACCCACCGAGAAGGCUGACAGCUCAGCCCCCGCCCCUGAAAACAGAGCCCUGGGCACUGGCCAUGAUGGCAGCCCCGGGGACACCCUUGGCCACCUCUUCAAGGCCCAGGGCCAGGCAAUAAAGCAGAGCGAGCUUCGUC